CGGAUCCGCGUCAAACUAAACUAACCAAUGGGCGACGACUCCUUGUUAAUAUAUAAACAAACGACCUGUUUCUUCAAUUCCCAAGCUCCAUUCAUAAUUUCAUACGCCUCGCCUCUUAAAGUUUAAUAGCUCCGUAGAAAAUUCGAUCCUUCCGCUAGAUUCCAUGGCGCCAAAGACAGAGAAGAAACAGGCCGAGAAGAAGCCGGCGGCGGCGGAGAAGACCCCUGCAACCGAGAAACCAGAGGCGGAGAAAAAGCCAAAGGCCGGAAAGAAGCUCCCGAAGGAUGCCGGAGCUGCGGCGGUCGGAGACAAGAAGAAGAAGAGGACGAAGAAGUCAAUUGAGACGUACAAGAUCUACAUCUUCAAGGUUCUGAAGCAGGUCCAUCCCGACAUCGGAAUCUCCAGCAAGGCCAUGGGAAUAAUGAACAGUUUCAUCAACGACAUCUUUGAGAAGAUGGCUCAGGAGGCAUCCCGAUUGGCUCGGUACAAUAAGAAGCCGACCAUUACUUCCAGGGAGAUUCAGACCGCCGUGCGGUUGGUCCUUCCCGGAGAAUUGGCCAAGCACGCCGUCUCUGAAGGCACCAAGGCAGUCACCAAAUUCACUAGUUCUUAAGAAUGUUUCAAGUAUAAUAUAUGUUUCCGAUAGCCUUUGCUUCCUAGGGUUUGGUUUAGAAGAAAAGUUGUUUCAAUUUAGCUCGUUUUCGUUGGAGCCCAAAUCAGUGUAAUGCUUUUGCGCUUGUGAAUCAAAUCAACUUACCUUUUCGAUUUAGUUGGCCUAAAAAGAUCUUACCUUCUGCAUAUAUUUGCAUAUUGAUUCUAGGCUGGAAUGCAA